GCUAGCCCUACAAGUCUGCAGCUAGCCGGGCCGGGCGAUGAAGCGUAGUACGUGCUCUACCCAGACGGCCAGACCCCGGCCCUAUAAAACCCCUUUAAAACCCCUCCCACAGUAAAACCUCAAGCACUCCACACGGUAAAAAGGAGAACCGCAGGCCCGGAGGCACACGCGCACCCAUCCGACCGGCGCCCGGCCAGCUGCAGGCUCGAAGAAGGCGAUGGACGGCGAGGCGUCGCAAGGACGACGCCGCGCGGCGUGGGUCCCCGGCGCCAUCAUCGUCGGCGCGGGCCCGUCGGGGCUGGCAGCGGCCGCGUGCCUCGCGGCGCGCGGCGUCCCGGCCACGGUGCUGGAGAUGGCCGACUCGCUGGCGUCCACGUGGCGCCACCGCACCUACGACCGCCUGACGCUCCACCUCCCCAAGCGCUUCUGCGAGCUGCCGCUGCUGCCGUUCCCGGAGGGCUACCCGGAGUACCCGUCCAAGGACCAGUUCGUGGCGUACAUGGAGGGCUACGCCGCGGCGGCGGGCGUCGCGCCGCGGUUCGGCGCGCGCGUCGCGGAGGCCGCCUUCGACGCGGCCGCCGGCGCGUGGGCGGUGCGCCUGGCGGGCGGGGAUGAGCUGCUCCUGGCUCGGUGGCUCGUGGUGGCCACGGGGGAGAACGCGGUGCCGCGCAGGCCGGAGUUCCCCGGCGCGGGGCUGUUCGAGGGCCCCGUCGUGCACACGUGCGACUACAAGUCCGGGGAGGCGUUCUCGGGGAGGAAGGUGCUGGUGGUGGGGUGCGGCAACUCCGGCAUGGAGGUCAGCCUGGAUUUGUGCCGGCAUGGCGCCAAGCCCUCCCUGGUGGUGCGCAACACGGUCCAUGUGCUCCCCAGGGAGAUGUUUGGCCUCUCGACGUUCGGCAUCGCCAUGGCGCUGCUGAGGCUGUUCUCCGUCCCGGCCGUGGACCGGAUCCUCCUGGCGGCGGCGCGGCUGGCGCUGGGCGACACGGGCAAGCUCGGCCUGAGGCGGCCCAAGACGGGGCCCAUGGAGCUGAAGAACCUCACCGGCAGGACCCCGGUGCUGGACGUCGGGACGCUAGGCCACAUCAAAACCGGCAAAAUUAAGGUAGUGGGAGCAGUGAAGGAGGUGACCCAGCGCGGGGUCAGGUUCGCGGACGGCAAGGAGGAGCAGUUCGACGCAAUAAUACUGGCCACGGGGUACAGGAGCAACGUGCCCUCCUGGCUGAAGGACGGAGGCGAGGUGUUCACGAGCCAGGGCAUGCCCAAGGUUCCCUUCCCCAACGGCUGGAGAGGGAAGAACGGGCUCUACACCGUCGGGUUCUCGCAGCGCGGGCUGCUCGGCGCGUCGUCGGACGCCCUCAACAUCGCCAGGGACAUAUACUGCCAGUGGAAGGACAUGGGCAGACCCGCUUGUAAUAAUGUGCUUCAAAGUGACGAGACUGUUUGACUCC